CGCCUGGGUCGCUGGCGGACGCGCGCCGGAGUCCGAGCCUGAGACGCGCGGGCGCGAGGGACCGUGCAGAAACGGAGACUGGGGCAGCUGGAGGCGACAGCUUCGGAAGCUUCGGAAACACGCACGACAGCUGGGCUCCGGGGUCUUGGGCAGUAGCGCCCCGGCAGGGAGGUGGGCGCGGCACGAAAACGAAUUUUUGUGCUACUCUCCAGUGAAACCCAGUACCCCUGCUUGCUGAAGGCUUUUUACCAAGGCUGCUUUCAGCUGUUGACAUUACCCAGAGAAAAGGUGGACUUGAGAAAUCAGGGAAGCAUUGGAGGUUCUUGACCCUGAGGAUCUUCUGAAGCAUUAACAAGAGAUUAAUAAGGAUCCUCCUGUCUCCAUCUUACUGAAGCAUGUGUCAUCAUACCUGGAUUUUAAAGAGCAAUGCUAAGAAAACCUUUGGCUUAAGGAAUUAAAACGAAAUAUCACUUCUUCAGUCCCCUGCAUGAAAAAUUAUUUAAACGCCGCACACCAAUCUUCUGUGAGAGAAGAAAAGGAAAUUCCGUGCGUGGGUCUCAGCAGGAGUGCAGCUGAUGCAGCUUAAAAUAAUGCCGAAGAAGAAGCACUUAUCUGCAGGCGGAGUGCCCCUGAUUCUCUUCCUGUGCCAGAUGAUCAGCGCUCUGGAUGUUCCUCUUGAUCCAAAGCUCCUUCAUGACUUGGUACAACCUCCAACCAUCACUCAACAGUCACCAAAAGACUACAUCAUUGACCCUCGGGAGAAUAUUGUAAUCCAGUGUGAGGCCAAAGGGAAACCUCCCCCAAGCUUUUCCUGGACUCGUAAUGGAACUCAUUUUGACAUAGACAAGGACCCUCUGGUCACCAUGAAGCCUGGCUCAGGAACCCUUGUCAUCAACAUCAUGAGUGAGGGGAAAGCAGAGACCUAUGAAGGAGUCUACCAGUGCACUGCAAGGAACGAGCGUGGAGCUGCCGUCUCCAAUAACAUUGUUGUCCGCCCAUCUAGGUCACCCUUGUGGACCAAGGAAAGACUUGAACCCAUAAUACUCCGGAAUGGGCAGUCAUUAGUACUUCCAUGUAGGCCUCCGAUUGGAUUACCUCCGGCCAUAAUAUUUUGGAUGGAUAAUUCCUUUCAGAGACUUCCACAGAGUGAGCGGGUUUCCCAAGGCCUAAAUGGAGACCUUUACUUCUCCAAUGUCCUCCCAGAGGACACCCGUGAGGACUAUAUCUGCUAUGCUAGAUUUAAUCACACUCAAACCAUCCAACAGAAGCAGCCUAUUUCUUUGAAGGUGAUUUCAGUGGAUGAAUUGAAUGACACUAUAGCUGCUAAUUUGAGUGACACUGAGUUUUAUGGUGCUAAAUCUAGUAAAGAGAGGCCCCCAACGUUUCUAACUCCAGAGGGCAAUGAAAGCCACAAAGAGGAAUUAAGAGGAAACGUGCUUUCGCUGGAGUGCAUUGCGGAAGGCCUCCCUACUCCAAUUAUUUACUGGAUCAAAGAAGACGGAACGCUUCCUGCCAACCGGACAUUUUAUCGGAACUUUAAGAAAACCUUGCAGAUCACUCAUGUUUCCGAAGCCGACUCUGGAAAUUAUCAGUGCAUAGCAAAAAACGCAUUAGGGGCCGUCCAUCACACCAUUUCUGUCACUGUUAAAGCGGCUCCCUACUGGAUCGUGGCACCUCAAAACCUCGUGCUUUCCCCGGGAGAGAAUGGGACCCUCAUCUGCAGAGCUAAUGGCAACCCGAAACCCAGAAUUAGCUGGUUAACAAAUGGAGUCCCAAUAGAAAUUGCUCUUGAUGACCCCAGCAGAAAAAUAGAUGGUGAUACCAUUAUAUUUUCUAAUGUUCAAGAAAGCUCAAGUGCGGUUUAUCAGUGCAACGCCUCUAACAAAUAUGGAUAUUUACUAGCAAAUGCAUUUGUAAAUGUUCUCGCUGAACCACCUCGGAUUCUCACAUCAGCAAACACUCUGUACCAGGUCAUUGCAAACAGGCCUGCUUUGCUAGAUUGUGCCUUCUUUGGAUCUCCUAUGCCUACCAUUGAAUGGUUUAAAGGGACUAAAGGAAGCGCUCUUCAUGAAGACACUUAUGUUUUGCAUGAUAAUGGAACAUUAGAAAUUCCCGUGGCCCAAAAGGAUAGUACAGGGACGUAUACUUGUGUCGCACGGAAUAAACUAGGGAUGGCAAAGAAUGAAGUUCACUUGGAAAUCAAAGAUCCAACCAGGAUCAUUAAACAACCUGAAUAUGCAGUCGUCCAGAGGGGGAGCAAGGUGUCGUUUGAAUGCAGAGUGAAACAUGACCACACCUUAAUUCCCACCAUUCUGUGGCUGAAGGACAAUGGAGAGCUGCCCAAUGAUGAAAGGUUCUCCACUGACAAGGAUCAUCUGGUGGUAUCUGAUGUAAAGGAUGACGAUGGUGGCACCUACACAUGUACGGCCAACACAACGCUGGACAGUGCUUCGGCCAGCGCUGUGCUCAGGGUUGUCGCUCCUACUCCAACUCCAGCCCCCAUUUACGAUGUCCCGAAUCCUCCCUUUGAUUUAGAAUUGACCAAUCAACUUGACAAAAGUGUUCAGCUGACAUGGACCCCAGGCGAUGACAACAAUAGCCCCAUUACAAAAUUCAUCAUUGAGUAUGAAGAUGCAAUGCAUGACGCAGGGCUGUGGCGCCACCAGGCUGAAGUUUCUGGAACACAGACCACAGCCCAACUGAAGCUGUCUCCCUAUGUGAACUACUCCUUCCGUGUCAUGGCAGAGAACGGCAUUGGAAGAAGCAUGCCGAGCGAGGCAUCUGAGCAGUACCUCACAAAAGCCGCAGAACCAGAUCAGAAUCCCAUGGCUGUGGAAGGACUAGGGACAGAGCCGGACAACUUGGUGAUUACAUGGAAGCCCCUGAAUGGUUUUCAAUCGAAUGGGCCUGGCCUCCAGUACAAAGUGAGCUGGCGCCAGAAAGAUGGUGACGAUGAGUGGACGUCUGUAGUUGUGGCCAAUGUAUCCAAAUACAUUGUUUCUGGCACACCAACCUUUGUCCCAUACCUGAUAAAAGUUCAAGCUCUGAAUGAUGUGGGGUUUGCACCAGAGCCAGCUGCAGUCAUGGGGCAUUCUGGAGAAGACCUUCCAAUGGUGGCUCCUGGAAAUGUUCGUGUCAGCGUGGUGAACAGUACGCUGGCAGAGGUGCACUGGGACCCAGUUCCUCCCAAGAGUGUCCGAGGACACUUACAAGGCUACCGGAUUUACUACUGGAAGACCCAGAGCUCCUCUAAAAGAAACAGGCGCCACAUUGAGAAGAAGAUCCUCACCUUCCAGGGCACCAAGACUCACGGCAUGCUGCCAGGGCUGCAGCCAUACAGUCACUAUGCUCUCAACGUCCGAGUGGUCAACGGGAAAGGGGAGGGCCCAGCCAGCACCGACAGAGGCUUCCAUACACCGGAGGGAGUCCCUAGUGCUCCCUCAUCUUUGAAAAUUGUUAAUCCUACACUGGACUCUCUCACUUUGGAGUGGGACCCACCAAGCCACCCAAAUGGCAUCCUGACAGAGUACAUCUUAAAAUAUCAGCCAAUUAACAGCACACAUGAGCUAGGCCCUCUGGUAGAUUUAAAAAUUCCUGCCAACAAGACCCGCUGGACUUUGAAAAAUUUAAAUUUCAGCACUCGGUACAAGUUCUAUUUCUAUGCACAGACAUCAGUGGGGUCAGGGAGUCAGAUCACAGAGGAAGCAAUAACGACUGUGGACGAAGGUAAGAAGGCUGGUAUUCCUCCACCUGAUGUAGGUGCAGGCAAAGUCCGUGCAGUAAAUCCCAGGAUCAGCAAUGUCACUGCCGCAGCUGCUGAGACGUAUGCCAAUAUCAGUUGGGAGUAUGAGGGACCAGAACAUGUGAAGUUUUAUGUUGAAUAUGGUGUAGCAGGCAGCAAAGAAGAAUGGAGGAAAGAAAUUGUAAAUGGUUCUCGAAGCUUCUUUGGGUUAAAGGGUCUAAUGCCAGGAACAGCAUACAAAGUUCGAGUUGGUGCUGAGGGGGACUCUGGUUUUGUGAGUUCAGAGGAUGUGUUUGAGACAGGACCAGCAAUGGCAAGCCGGCAAGUGGAUAUUGCGACCCAAGGCUGGUUCAUAGGUCUAAUGUGUGCUGUUGCUCUCCUCAUCUUAAUUUUGCUGAUUGUUUGCUUCAUCAGAAGAAACAAGGGUGGUAAAUACCCAGUUAAAGAAAAGGAGGAUGCUCAUGCAGACCCUGAAAUCCAGCCCAUGAAGGAAGAUGAUGGGACGUUUGGAGAAUACAGGUCUUUUGAAAGUGAUGCAGAAGAUCACAAGCCUUUGAAAAAAGGAAGUCGAACACCUUCAGACAGGACUGUGAAAAAAGAAGAUAGUGAUGAUAGCCUGGUUGACUAUGGAGAGGGGGUCAACGGCCAAUUCAAUGAGGAUGGCUCCUUUAUUGGCCAAUACAGUGGUAAGAAAGAGAAAGAGCCAGCGGAGGGAAAUGAAAGCUCAGAGGCCCCUUCUCCUGUCAACGCAAUGAACUCCUUUGUUUAAGUCUUUAAGCUCUGUGCCAAUGUCUAAUCUCUCUGGAAUGGUUUUCCUGAACACCUGUCAUCCCUCAUACUACGGACAUAUGGGUAGAAAGAAUGUUUUCUGCGGUAUAUGAGUAUUAUGAGACCAGAGCAAGAACAUGACUCAGUCAGAUGAUACAUUAAUAUGAACUGGGGUGCAAAGUGCAUACGUUUUUGUUCAGAGUGGGUUUUUCUCAAUUUCCUUGGAACUGAUUAAAAAGAAAUACAACAUCAUCAAUAGGUUACAUUAUUCCCUGUGCGGGGUCCAGUCCAAUAAGAUGCAUGAGACAUGCUGCACAGAGGACACACCUGUGUAUGUGACUGCGAUGUGGUUGGGUACUUUGUUGGCACGAUCCUCAGCUGAUCCCUAAAUAUGAAUUCCGUUGUCAUUGUGGAGAGUGUUGCUGUAGUGUUCUCUAGAGCUUCAAUGUCUCUGUGGACAUUGUUGUGAAACUCGUGACUAUGUCUAGCUGGUGUUAGUCUUUUUGAGAGACUAUUAGGAACAGUGUGUACAGUAUAUACUUGCUACAUGAGUUACUUAUGACAGUUGCAUCCGCUAAUGCUCGCCGAGACUCUGAAACCUGUUCUUUGCUCCCGGAACUUCCUAGGCUUCUUCUCCUUUCCGGGUGUCCCAGCAGCAGAGUUCCACUUACUAUACUAUCUGCGUUCAGUCCUUUGGGGGGCAUAAACAUUGCGUAUUGUGACACCUGCUGGCCUUUGUGCCAUACUCAAAGAAUUGAAGUCAAAUCUCUCAAGUGAAAAUUUUAAAUUUUAGUUCAGAAAACGCAGGGCAAGACACACGCAGUGCCUUCAGACAAUAAGCAUUCCCUGACUCCUGUACUCUGUAUCAGCCAGUGUGGGCAACUUCAUCCUACGCUACUGUUGUUGGAAAGGAACUUUUCAAAGGCAGAGAUAAUCUGAACUGAAACUGGGAACAUAGGAACAACUUUACUUGAAGUGGCGUUCCCCACACAAAUAUCAAACCCAAAGCUCUGUUGUUGUUGGGUGUACAUGAUGGUUUUGUGGUCUUUUGUGGUUUCUAGCCAAACCAGUCAAGUUGAAAAAGGAAAAAUGGUAUGGUUGGAAAUGGAUAGAAAACCCAAUGAUUGCAGAAGUAAAAGUGUACAACAGCAUGCCUAAAGUACUAAAUUAUUCACUCUGCCUAGACAAGCUUUCAAAUUCCGCAGCAUUCAGCAACGUGUAUGCAAAUUGCAACAGGCACACUCCAGAAUCUGAGAAAUCUGACCAGUGCUUAAUUAGGUCAGCAGUCAAAGAGAUUACACCUACAGUCUAAAGGACAAAUACGUAUAUCCUAUCAUAGCCAUAAACAAUGUGUGUGAAAUGGCUUACCUCCAAUAUAGAAACCUAUGACAACCUAUGGUUGAAGGAAUGCUCAGUUUCAUUUGCCAAUAAAUUGGUUUCUCAUAA